AUGGCUAGUCUUCAUCUGCCCCCAUCUGCGGGGAACGCCUCUUCCGACUCGAGCCCCUCGAACCCCCGUUACACGCCCGUUUCUAAUUCCGAGGAUGAUUCACCGAUUCAAACCCCCGGGAAAUCACCUGCUGGACAGUUGAAGCUGCAGACUGAUUUUGGAGACUCGGUGGAGGUCGGUGGACCUGUUGAGGAGGGCGAUGAGGAGAAUGGGUAUGAGUCGGGCGAAGAGCUAGAGGGGAAAAGGGCGAGGACGGCGGCGCCGAAAUAUACACUUGAUGAGGAGAGGGAGGUUGUGCGGAGCUUCGAUCGGAGAUUGGUGCCGUUUCUGGCUCUUCUUUACCUUCUCUCUUUCCUGGAUCGGUCAAAUAUUGGAAAUGCAAAGAUUGCUGGACUGGAGGAGGAUCUCCAACUCUCGUCUUCGCAGUAUGAAUGGCUGCUUACUGCGUUCUAUAUCACGUAUAUUCUCUUCGAGUGGAUGACACUCAUGUACCGACUCGUUCCGCCGCAUAUCUACAUCUCCCUAUGUGUUUUCGGCUGGGGGUUGGUGGCUUCGUUCCAAUGUCUAGCUACCUCGUUCGAGGGUCUAGUCAUUCUGCGCGCUUUGCUUGGAAUCACAGAAGCUGCAUUUGGACCGGGUGUUCCUUUUUACCUGUCGCUUUUCUAUAGGCGCCAGGAACUAGCUUUCCGAAAUGGGCUAUUCAUUUCUGCGGCGCCGUUGGCCACCUCAUUUGCAAGCAGUCUCGCGUGGGUGAUUGUCAAGUGCAGCACCGACGGUCCAAUCUCCCCGUGGCGUACCCUCUUCCUGGUGGAGGGGUUCCCGAGCGUGAUCGUUGCUGUAUUUGCCUGGGUGGUUAUUCCUGACUCUCCUGGUCGUGCGCGAUUCCUCACUCGUCGACAAAGAGUCGUGGCUAGACUGCGUCUUAAGGAGAACAAGUCGGACUAUCAGAAUGCGCCGGAGAAGCCGUUCAAUUGGCGCGAGAUUAUCAAGACAGCGUCGGAUCCCAAGGCAUACAUGGCUGCUUUCAUGUUCUUCAGCUGUAACGUCGCAUUCAGCUCAAUGCCAGUCUUCCUCCCUACCAUCAUCAAAGAGUAUGUCUACCCCAAAUACCCAUUUGAGGAGCAACUCCUAACUCAUUCCAGCAUGGGCUACUCAACCCUCCACUCCCAAGCUCUCUCCGCCCCGCCCUACCUAUUCGCCUUCAUAGUAGUCCUAAUAACAGCCUACUUCUCCGACCGCACACGCACCCGCAGCACCUACCUGAUAACCCACGCCCUAAUCUCCUCCCUUUCCUACCUCUGUAUUGCCGCAACAGGCUACUUCCACACCCACUUGACCCCUUCUGUUCACACCUUUAUUCGCUAUAUUUGCGUCUACCCAGCCGUGGCGGGCUUCUUCUCGGCUAUCACCUUGAUAAUCACCUGGUCAAUGGACAACCGGAUUGAAAAGGAAGGUAAAGGGGCUAGUAUUGCGAUUCUAAACAUUAUUGGACAAUGUGGGCCGUUGCUUGGGACGAGGUUGUAUCCGCAGAGUGAUGGGCCAUGGUAUGUGAGGGGAAUGACGGUUUGUUCGUUUUUUAUGCUGGUUGUGGCUAUUUUGGCGGUUGUGUUGAGAGUGCUUUUACAAAGGGAGAAUCGUGUCCGGGCUGGAUCUCAGGAUGGGGCGGAGGGAAGGGAGAGGGAUGGGCUUAUGGGUGGUGGGCGGAGGAAUGAUUUGGAGGGACGCACUGGUGAUCAGAGAUUUGUGUUUAUUAUUUGA